UCCGAUGCGCAUAUCACAAAUCAUAACCGAUAUGGUCAAGUUUUACACGGCGGCGACGCAUUACUAUGACAACACUACCCCCACGUUGUGGUCAAGCAAAGCAUAGCCACAUUAAUUAUUUAAAUUUUUCAGCAUUUUCCCGACUAUGAAAAUUUCAGGUCUUCAGUGUUUUACUAACGCCUUAACGGACACUUUCGCGUCUUUCUUGCAUUGCACCACCAUAUCUACUUUGCAUUUGUGUAAUAUUGUUAAAUAGUUUACAUUUUACACUUACACUGAACCAUAGUUUUGUGCAAGAAGCUUUGAGACGUUUGUAAAAUAACUGAAGUGCUGACUGAACGUACCUAACUGUUAAUCUAAAGGUCAAGCAGACUUACGUCAACUUUCGCCGAAGCUGUGGUGCAUAUUUGGGACGUUUUCUCCAAAUACCGUGCAACAAUCCGUAAAUCUUUCGCCUUGGUAGUGUCUCGAUGAAUAAAUCUAAAACAUCCCCGCGGCAUCCGCGUCUUUGUCUACAUCCCUGCGACUUGCGUACUUUAUUAAAGUACACCUAAGGUUGAAAAUAAUAUGGGAAUCUGCCUCGAUACAGAACAAAGUAACGCUUCACACAGUAUUGAGGAUGGUCAAGAGAGUUGGUUUCAAAACAGCGCAAGAAAUUUACGAGGUGCUCACACGCCGAUGGCAGGCAUUCUACCAAUGCAUAACAGCACAAACGUGCAUUUUGAGUCACCAAAGGUGCCUGUCAUAUUUGUACUCGGUGGGCCCGGUAGUGGGAAGGUGACUCACUGCGAUAACUUAAUGCAAGAAAAGAAGGGGAUCAUCCACAUUAAUAUGACGGAUCUUCUACAACAAUACGCCUUGGGAAAUGAUGGACAUAGCAGUUUAAUCAAUUUUCGUGGUACCACAGACAUGCAAGAUUUCAGUCUACUAUCGAGCAAAACUGUUACGGAAGUGUUAAUGUUGGAAAUGAAGAUGUCGCCUAACGCGAAAACUUAUUUAAUAUCCGGCUAUCCAAGAAACAUGAGGGAUGUUGUGGAGUAUACAGAAAAGAUUGAAAUAAUAAAUGGAGCAGUGUUAAUUUCAUGGAGACAGAAGGUCUUAGAACGUCAAAUCGACUAUGGUGCCAAAUUAGGUCAAGUAGUGCUUUCAUUGGCCCGAAUGGAGCUGAAUAAUUUUUUCAAAAACGUCAUGCCCGUCGCCGACUAUUUCGAUCAAAGUAGCAUGCUCGUGACGAUAAACGGCGAAAGGCAUCCAGGGGAUGUUUACAAGGAUUUCAAAGCUGCCAUAAUGAAGAUCUUAGGCACACAAGACAAUCCUCCUGUAUUUAGCAACGGACACAUUCCCGAAGUUCCAGCGGACGUUACAACAGAACUUCCACUAAUGGCUGCACCAGUGCCGGAACCACCAAGGCCCAGUACUCAAGUGAUCUCGGUCAACACCAAACCAACCAAUAUGUACAAUUCUCCUCUCAAGCAAGGCUGGCCGCCUGUUUUAUGGGUGAUCGGAGGACCUGGUAGUAACAAGGCUGUUCUCUGCGACGAUGUCGCCCGGGAAACUGGAUGGGCCCAUGUCAGCACCGGGCGUCUGCUGAGAGCUGCCGCUGAAGCAGCCGAUCAGCGCAAUGCGACCGAUUUUAAAACAAUACGAGAGAGCAUUGCAGCGGGAGAGCUUGUACCUUUUGAUAUUGUGAUUAAGAUUUUAGAGUUACACUUAAAUGAGAAUAUUACGGCUAACGGCAUCAUCAUUGAUGGUUAUCCCAGAGAUAUGGAGCAAGUGACGGAAUUUGAAGCAAGGUUCAAACAACGGCCAACCGUCAUCUUAUUAGACUGCUCCAAGUUGCAAUUAGGACGAGGAAGACUGGACGACAGCGUCACAGCAUUCCGACGAAGAUUGGAAAUCUUCCGACAAUCAUCACUACCCAUGCUGAAGGCAAUGGAUAACAUCGGUCGCCUAACAAUCGUCGAUGGGGACACGGAUUCGAACCCAGUUAGACAAGACUUCAAAAGUGUGGUCGACCAAAACGUCGAGUAUCUGACGCAAAACGGGAGUGACGCGCACGCCGCGAACGGACAUUUGCCCAACGGCGUUCCGGAAAGAAUACCCUCUAACCCAAUAGAAACGAUAAGCAAAAAGGUGCAUCAGGUUGGAAAUGGACUGGCGCACGGUGCACAUGCCAUGGUCAACGGUAUAUCAAACGGUGUUAGUCACAUGGCCAAUGGACACAAACCAAUCAGAGUGACACCUGUUGGAAAACCUGAUUAUGCCGACCUAGACAAUCAAAGACGCGAAAACAUUAGGCAAAUGUACAGUGAAAUAAAUCAUAUUUAAAAACUGCAUAUAAAUACAUGUGAUCGUAGAAAUGUGAUAAUAUACCAAACAGUUUAGUUGUCUUAGAAAAAACACGUGCCUUGUGGUAUUUUUGAGGUUAUGAGGGUAACGUACUAAACCAGUAUUUUUAGUAUAAGAAUUUUUACACUUACCGAUAGAAUAAAUAUAUUUAUAAAUGUUGUUUAUUGCUAACAAGUAUUAUUGGUAACCUAUGUACAUCGGUCACUUUCUGCUGGACAGAAUUUGCACGAUUAGGUUAGUGGUUCUCAAAAAAUUAAAGAAUAUGCACUCUAGUCGUAGGUAUCUUGUAAGUACCGCACUGUAACAUUGAAUGUUACACGUUAGGUGUAAGCUAUAAUAUAAUAGAACAAGUGCCUAAAUUUGACAUCUUUUUUUUAUGAUGUUAACAUUCCUUUCUUUGUUUGUAAGAGCUCUUGCACAAACUGCUACGGAAAUUGAAACUCCAAUACUAGUAGCAAGAUUUACAUUUAGGGAAAAUAGCCAUUCCUUUGAUACCCAAGUAAUUUUAAUUUUUUUGAAUUUCCCGCAGUUUUUGCAAGUACAAACCAUAUUCUUGUUGCCAGUUUGAAUAAAAUAUUUUUAUACUUAUAUUCAUGCUAGCUAAGUAAGACAAUAUGCACCACUUAAAAAAGCUAAUAUUAAGUUGUAGUAGGUUAGUCUUAAUGUGUAUUAUUAUUAUUAUUAUUAUGUUCACUUCUAUUAUGUAGGUAACAUUGUAAUACGAUUUAGAAUAAUAAAGAA